AUGAUUCAUUUAGAAAAUGUUUUUUUAAAGAAUGUUUUAUUGUAUUUACCAACAUUAAAAGAUGUAGGGAGAUUUGCACAAGUAAGUAAAUCAUGUGAAGAAGCAAUCAAUACGAUUUAUGUCAAUCCAUAUGAAUUAACAAUUCAUCAUUCAUUUGAUGAAAUUAUUCCAUUAUUUCCUAAUUUACAAACAUUUUAUGUUAGAAGAUGUUCAGAACGAUUAUACAAAAUAACAGCAAAUGAUAUUCCACUUAUUGAAAUAGGAGGAUGGAAUGAAAGAACAAAUCAAACAAAAGUAUUUGAUACAAAAUGGUUUUGUUCCAAAAUAAGAAAAAUACGAAUAAAUAUUGAUUUUAGUAUGAAAUUUCAAUUAAAACAUCCAAAUUAUUUUAUUCAAUUACAAGAAUUAGUUAUUAUACAUUCAAUUGAUUUUAAUAUAAUAAAAAAAUUAAUUGAAUUACCAACAUUAAAAAAAGUUAUUAUUAUUUGUAAUAUUCUUGAAAUUCAAGAAUAUUUAGAAAAAAUUAAUGUUAAUAAACAUAAACAAAUCAAUUUUAUUAUUAUUUUAAAUGAAUAUAGAUUUACAAAUACUAAUUUAUUAAAACAAAUUGAUUUUAAGCAAUUUGUUAAUUGUAAAUUUUAUACUAGAAUAUUUAAUAAAUCAACAAUAAGUUUACAUUAUUUACCAUUACUACCAUAUGAAAAUAAAUAUUUAAAUAAUUUUAAAAAAUAUAAUAAUACUGUUUAUAUUGAAAGUGAUAUUUUAGAUAAAAUCGAACAAAUUAAUGAAAUAAUUAAUAAAAAUAAUAUACAAAAUGUUAUUAUUGAAAAUAUUUUAAAUGACUAUGAAGUAAAUAGAAUUGAUUUAACACCAUUUGUUAUUGAAUCAUUAACAAUACAAAAAGUUGAAAAACAAAGUCUUAUUAUUGUUAUUCCAACUAAUUUAAAAUCAUUAACUAUUAAACACUGUAAAGCAUCAAUUGACAUUUCAAAAUGUUAUUUACAAAAAUUAAUAUUAAAUAAUUAUCAAGGAAAAUCAAUUGACAUAAAUGAUGAUAAAUUAAAAAAAAUUGCAAUUAGUUGUAUUCAAGAAAUAAAAUGGUAUCAUAAUGGUAUAUUACUUAAAGAAAAUAACAUUUAUAUUGAUACAAAUCAAAUUACUUCAGCAAUAAUAAAUUCUUGUAAUAAUUUUAUAAAUGUUGAAAACAAUAACAAUUUACAAACAAUCAAUUUUAAAUAUAAUGAUAAAGAAACUAUUUUAAAUGAUAUUCAAUAUUUUACUUUAAGAAAUAAAAAUAUGGAACUUUGGAAUUAUGAAGGAAAAGAAAUUGAUUUUUGUGAAUUUCCUUUUAGUUAUAUUAAUUUACAAAAUUGCCAAUUUGAUUAUUUAAAAUUAAAAUGUAAUUCAAUUAAGUUAACUAAUGUUGAUUGUAAUACUUUAAGUAUAUAUGGAAUUUGUCAUAGUAUUGAUUUAUAUAGUUGUACAAUAAAUACAAUAACGUGUGAUGUUAUUAGAUAUUUAACGUAUAAAAACUCACAAAUUACUGAAAUAAAUACAAAUGAAAUAAUGCUUUGUUUAGGACCAAAAACAAAAGUGAAAAAAUGGAAUAUUAAAAAUUUGAAAAAUAAUGAACAACUUAUUAAACAUUGA